CACUCGUCCCUUCGUCCUUUAACUCUCACACACUUUCUUCAAGUGUGUGAAGCUGCAGCCAUGGCAGAGAUGCAGGAUGAAAGCAACAAACUCAGCUUCUGGAUGCCGGGUAACUAUGCCUGUACAGUGCACAGGACCCAGGACUCAUUCCAGGUGUGUGAUGUCAUUGUGGACUGUUUUAAAGACCGGGCUCGAGUGGAGAAACACUACGCUCAACAACUCGCUGAGUGGAGCAAAAAGUGGAAAAAAAUAACUGACUCCAGACCGAUGUAUGGUUCCCUCUUGAGGGGAUGGCAGUGUUUUUUCUCCUCCACUGAGCGUCUGUCCAUUCUGCACGCAUCUAUCUCUAACUCCCUUGUUUCGGAGGAUGGACCACAUAUUCGUUCCUGGCAGGAGGAUGCAUUUCAGAGGAAGAUGUUUUGUGGUUUUCGUGAGUCACAUGACCUGAAGAAAGCAUUUGCACAUGCUCAGAAACCCUGGAUCAAAAAACUCAAGAAGCUGGAGAAAGCAAAGCAGGCCUAUCAUAAAUCAUGUCAGAAGGAGCAGAAUGUGUUGAAUAAAGAAUGUCAGGCAAAAAACAAGGCCAACCAAAAUGAACACGCACUCACCAAACUCCAGCAGGCUAAAAAGAUUGCGGGACAGGACAGAGAACACGCACGUGAACACUAUAUGAAGGUUCUGGAUGAUCUGACUAGCUACACUCCACGCUAUAUGGAAGAAAUGGAGUUAGUGUUUGACCAAUCACAGGAGCAGGAAAGAAAGAGGAUCAGCUUUCUAAAAAACACACUGCUGUCCAUACACACACAUCUGGACAUCACCAACAAUCACAGUGUAAAGGCUGUGUACAGUGACCUGUUACAGACACUCAUGUCCAUCAAUGAGCAGGAUGAUUUGCACUUUUGGAGAAACAACCAUGGUCCAGGAAUGAACACACGCUGGCCCACACUACAGGAGUGGGUUCCUCCUUGUCAGAAGCAGAAACACAUAAAGAAACCACAUCCACAGAUUGAGGAGGGAAAAAGUGUAAUGAUUGGAGGAGUGCGUGUUCGAGCUCUGUAUGCUUACACUGGGGAGGAUGAGGAUGAGCUGUCUUUCAAAGCAGGGGAAGAGUUUCUGAAGGUGGAGGAUGAAGAUGACCAGGGCUGGUCUCGUGGAGUUAAAGAUGGGGGAGUGGAAGGCUACUAUCCAGCCAAUUAUGUUCUGCCAGUGCAGUGACAUCAUCAUGAAGCACAUUUGCUGAUAUGACAAAGGGGGUGGGGCUAAUGCUGUGAUGUGUGAAGGUUGUUAUGGAAACUGUCAGUCAAAAUGGAUAAAUUUUGUGCUUCAGUGAGUCUUGGAAAUGUACGGUAUUAGCAGCUGUCACAAAGCACACACACACACGGGCUAGAAAAGGAUGAUAAUGAACAACAAACUCAUUUAUUAGUGUGAUUUUGUGGUGUUUUAUUGGUAGAAUUUAAAUACAUUAUAUUAAUAUAAAUACAGUGAAUCCCGAUUAAAAUUAAUUAGUCAGAUUUAUAAUUAUUGACAAAAAGGUUCUAAUUAACACACACACACACACACACACACACACACACACACAACCAGAUUAUAAAUUCUUGAAUUCUUGCUGCCCCCUGCUGGACAAAAGAGCAGUUGAAAAUGGAACUGAAGUAGUUCUGUGAUGUUUCAUAAGUUUUUCCUGAAAUUAAUCCAUAUCUUACA